AGAAGUUGCACUCAGCGACGAUGAACAGGAAAUGUAGAUGCAUGAUCGAUUAUACGAUCUUCAGUCCCGCCUAGAACAAAAAGAGGACGUGGUAUUAACUUGAUUUUAUAGCUGGUGAGUCGGCUGCGUCCGAACUACCCUUGAAUGUUUGCUCCAACUGCAUCUGUACUAAUUACCUAGUCGAUCAUCAAUAUGAUGAAUGGUCUUCUUCAUCUGCGUCUGCUACUGCUUUUCCUGACUUAGCUGACGGGACAACAAGUAGAACACAGCACUGGCUGAACGGUCGUCCUCGAUAGCGCAGGUGCUAAUCUGCGAUCAAAUCUUCCCGUUCUCCUGUACUUCACGAAAACUGUACGGAAAACAGAGUUGUAGCAUCAGGAUGGCGGGGGCAUGGAGGAAGAACGAGGAGAAAGUCAAAAGACGACUUUAUGAGCUACGGGAGCAAGCCUACAGUAGUGGAUUCGAUAGCAAAGAGCGGGCACUAAUCUGGGAAGAGCUCUUGCUUGGACACGAUGAUGAUUUUGAUCUUGAUGAUGUGUCCGGGAUCAGUGACGAGGAUCUACUUGAUGAUGGUCCUCUUGCCCAUCUUCGUCACAAAGAACAACCGUCUAAGCAAGGGAAAAAGCAAGCAAGUGGAGAAGGAGAAACUCUCAAAUCUGUUGGAGAGGACUCUGCUGGAGAGGACUCUGCUGGAGAGCUUGAACAGCUUGAAGUUGGGAAGGUUCUUGCGCGUCAAACGAGAGAACGUUAAGGCAACCUAGAGACAGAGAGCAUCCUUAUAAGCUUAAGAUUCAAUCUCUGUCCUGGGCUCUCUUUGAGAAAGACGCUCUCUUUCUCAAAUGGGAGAAAAGACGCCAAGGCACGCUAUAAUUAUCAAUAAAAGGAUGUUCUUGGUAACGCGGUACUAGCUGUUGUACUAGCUCGUCUAAUAUCAGAUAAAAGAGAUCAACGUCAUCGAAGCAGACGUUCGUAGAAGCUGUUUUUCAUGGGACACGCACAAGCGCUUAUCCGAGAAGGAUCGCUCCUCACAACGUCGAACAUUGUUGCACAUGCUUAUGAUAGAUACAGUUUUCAUCAACAAAGUAGAGGCUCUUGAGAAAAUACGAAUAGGAACUUCCCAAAGUGAACAACUUCAUCUAAGUACUUAGAAAACGAAUUAUCCAUAUUAUAAAUAUAUAUGGACUAGCAGUCUUAAUUACAAUGUAAUUAAGACUGAUUGUAAUGUAAGAAUGACGACUAGCAGACUGAUCGAGAGCUCUUCUAACAUCUUCGCACGCGUACUCUCCGGUCCAAAGGAUGUGGCGGGAUUGCAUGGCAAUCGAGAGGCCACUGCAUCUGAUGUUGGAGGUAAUGAUUCGGCUCUCAACAGCGGAAAAAUGGAAGUGAUCAGCCUAAGCGAGCUAAGAAAACGACGCGGUAGUGAUGAUGCUGACGAAACAGACCUUGCCCAAGGUGCGCGGCUAUCUACAGCCUCUACAGGUACAGCGAGUGCUUCUGGAGCUGUUCGAUUAAGGCUAAACGUAAGCCCACCUGUAAUAAAGAAACCCAAGAAUUCUUGCAAGAUUUUUCUUUCAUUCUGCAAAACAGUUCUUGACUUUGACCUUGUUUCAAAUGAAGUAACCUAAGCUUAAGGCAAAAAGGAUGUUGUUGAUCUCAUGACCAAUAUUUAGAGCCCUUGUAUUGACAACCCUUACUCUAAGUUUCGCAUCCUCUAGCAGUGGACCCGCAGGCGCACCCAUCACAGCAACAACAGUUGCAGAUGCAUGGCACGGCAUCAAGAACCAAGCAGAGCAUGAGCCGAAAUACAAGUAUUUCCAAGGUUUCCACGAUAUUUGCCUCCUUUUUCUCGAGGCCUGCAAAACUACACAUGAACUUCAUGAAAAGAACCCACUUUUUCGAAAGUCAGCGAUCGAAAAACGAAUGAGCAGUAGACGGUCUACAACGACAUCUUCGUCUGGACGUAGCGGGCAGCUCGGCUUAAGGCUACAACACAUAGUCUUUUCAUAAUGGAAAAAGAGUAGAAGCUACAACACAUAGUCUUUUCAUAUAAUGGAAAAAGAGUAGCAGGUCCAGGAACAAGAUGCUUUUCAACUCUAGGAUAGACCCUCGUUCCGGUAUGAACAUUUAAAUCCAAUUUCAGCAAUCGUUGGAUAGCACGUCUCUAAUUUCAGCAAUCGUUGGAUAGCACGUCUCUAAUUUCAGCAAUCUUUGACGCGCACGAUAAUGCUAUAG